GCAACUUUAUAGUUUUUCCAGAUUAACCUCUUUCGUCAUCCGUGACUUAAUAAACCAUAUCUGUUCUAUCCAACGACGUUUCAAUAUUGAGCUGUGAAUAUUAGACCCAAGAAUGGACUGACCGGGCUGUAUAUAGGCUCUAUAUAUCAAAAGAAAAGCGGAAUGUGUUUUCAUGAUUAUUAAUUUUUUUUUACAUUACGAUUUCAUACACCUUGCGCAAUUAACUGUCGAACGUGCCUUUUCAUAGGGCUAUCUUCCGAUUCCUAUCAAAUUGCCCUUUGGCACGUACACGGUAACCCUCGACUGUUUGUUGUAAAGAGCUUCCAAUCUUUUGAACAAAGUCCAACAGCCAUUGAGCCAUAAGACUCUCAAUGGGACUUUAGCACUUUAAGAAGCCCGUUCUUGAAAGUUUUUCGCAUUGAUCUAUUCUCCGUUAAGAAACGCAUGCAUUGAGGUAAUAUUAAUAGAUGGUUUGUACUGGGAGUAAGAUCACAUUACUUUGUGGUGUCUUGACCUGCAACCUUCAUAGUGCAGCUUUUUCGGCGGGACCUGGAGAUCAAAAUGGCGUCUACCAUGAGUGAAGAGUUAUCCUACUUUGUAACUUACGCUUCAGCUGUGAUGCUGAAAAUGGUUGUUUUGUCUCCAAUGACAGGAUAUGUCCGUGUAACACGAAAGGUGUUUGCUAACCAAGAGGACAUUGUAGGACUCAAGGACAAGAAACCAAUUUUUGACCACCCUAUCGUAGAACGUAUAAGAAGAUGUCAUCUCAACGACUUGGAGAACAUUGUCCCAUUCUUUGGCCUUGGUCUUCUCUACGCCAUGUCUUCUGGUGCCCCUCUGACGAGGAUCGUAUGGCACUACCGUAUCUUUGUCAUCUCCCGUUUUCUUCAUAGCUUCGCCUAUCUGUUUGCCGUACCCCAACCGACCCGCGCCUUUUCUUUCGCGGCCGGCCUUGCCGUCAACAUUUCAAUGGGCGUGCAGAUUCUGAUGAACAACUGGAAUUUCUGAUGAACAGAAAGCAACUCAAUCACUUUGAAAUUUAUAUUUUACAUUGAAAAUUUCGUUUUGAUGCUUGAGAUCAAUAUCAAUAUAAUCCCACUGUUCGGAAGUUGAAGAGUUUAUUUUUCACUUUCUUAUUUCACUUCGAAAUUUUUUAGACCCCUCUCAAAAAUAUAUAUACACUAAAUAUUUAUAAAUUAAUAUCUACAAUGACAAGACACUUUGUAAGGAUUUAAAAUACAUAUUCAACAUACUAAACUAUUAUAUAGGAGUCUAAUGUAUAAUCUAUUUUAAUAUCGAGGGAUCCAAUCGACAGCAAUGUUUGCAGAGUGGUAAUCCCUCAAAUGAUAGUAAUAUUGUAACAUUAUUUGUAUAUAAAAUUAUUAUAUACCUAAAUCUAUACUUUAGGCUUGAGUUUUCAGCGUGUUACUCCUAAUUAUUUAUUAAUAAACAAAAAACCCUCUGAAGAACAGCCUGUGGCUGAAGAGGGCCAUCCAGCCCACGAGUGGAGAAUAAAUAAAUAAAUAAAAAUCAAAUCACUCCUGAAACAGCAGUAAGCCUAUGCGUCCGUCGGGCCAAUGCAUGAUUUUGGUAGUAUGAUACUGAGUAGAAAGAGACUGGAAAUUCAUUUGGAACGGACGUUACAUCAAUAUCAUGCCAUUUAUCAUUUCCGUUUAUACUCACUUUCUAUACAACUGCUCAAUAAAUAAACUGUGAAGAAAAAAAAAAUUGUUUAUGGGUAACUGAAUGUUAAUCGUGUAUAAUAAACUCGACAAGAACUGUUUGACUAUAUUGUCAAUUUUAGUGAACGUGUUACUUUAAAACUGUCUUACAUUUCGUUAUCGUAGCGUGGAAUAACAAUAGCACAAGAAGAUUGUAGUAACCAAGGAGCUCCUUGUAGUAACCAAAUCAUUGAUUCCAAAAAUAAUGUUCUCAUUCCAUCAAAUUUUAUGCGUGAAAUUGAUUGCGAAAGAAAACCGAGUUUUACUAUUGACGUGUUCUGAUUCUCAUGUUUUCGAUAAUCGACAUAAGGAACCUUCAUUGACGCAGAGAGGGAGAGAGAGAGAGAGAGAGAGAGAAGGGGGGCAUGGCCCUGGAUAGCGGAUGUGCUGGGGUUUGCUGAAGAACCCCCAAGAUUUUCCCAGGGGCUGCUGUGUGUAUUAUUUUCCAUAGGCAGCUCCCCGGGGAUUCUGGUAGGUGUGUAACAUAAGAGAAAUGUACGGAAAAUGACCAACAGCUUGUCUUAAAACCUUUUUUUUUGCUCGUUAUUUUUUGGGGGCACCAAAACGACCUUUAUUUUCUCUAAAACCUUUUCUUUUUUGCUUAUCAAAUUUACAUAGGCGGAUCCAAGAGGGCCCGGACCCCUAUUGGCGGAGCAAAAAAAAGGGGGGGGGGGGGAAGAAAAAAAGAAGGGAAAGUAGAUGAGAAAAAAAAGAAGGGGAAAAGUAGGAGAAAGACGAGUGAAUAAAAUAAGGUGAGGGGAAGACUUAGAAAAUAAAGUUUAAAAAAUAUUUCAUAUCACUAUAACAAAUUUUCGCUCGCGCUUCGCGCUCGCAUUGCUUGUUUGAUGAGAUAUAUACGAUUCUUGCUCCAUAGGCUGAUAUGGAGCUUAAACUAUCAAGUUUUGAAGUUAAUAUACAAACAUAUUUCAGCUCCGACAUCGAGCUUUCAUUAUUUUGUUUGAUUUACAAAUUGAUUUUAAAAAAAUGCUCUGUAAAAUGUCCGUUUUAUUGUCUCAAUAUCAACAUUUUCAGCUCACACUGCGCGCUCGCAUUAUUUGAUUUGUUAAGUAGCUAUUCCUUUCGUGUAUUCCAUAUAUCAAAAUUAUAAAAAUAUCAAUUUUUCAGGUUCAAUUGUCAAAACCUAAUAGCCAGCGCUGCGUGCUCGCAUUUUUAAAUAGUAAGUAAUUAUACCUCUAUAAUAUAAGUGAUUCUGAAACAAACUACUUAAAAUUCCUUUUCUAUAUGACAUCGCGAUUUGCGCUCGCAUUUAUUGUUAGAAAUAUGCAUGCAUCCUAUUCAUAAUAAAAUAAAGUGCUUAAAAAGUCCAGUUUUCAGGCCUUGAUAUCAACAAGUUUCGAGCUGUCAUUAGGCU